AUGUGAGUAGGGCCGGGCGGCGGGCCGCGGGGCGGCGGGCGACCGCGGCUGGGCGACGGACACCGUCGCGGGUCUCUUGUCCGCGGCCGCCAUCGAUGUCGGGCGCUUGUGGAGUGGGAGGUGCUGCGAGAGGGCAGCGCGGGACCCCGGCUGACUAGGAAGGAUCCUAGACUGAGACGCGGGGAUCGCCAGGGAGGAUCUCAGCCUUGAACCCGGGUUCACUAGGUAGAACCUCAGACUAGGACGAUCCCGGAAGAGGGCCCUAGAAAACGACCUGCGCACACUAGGGAGUCGGCUCUCAGACUAGGGAGGACCGGGGACGCUGACAAGGAGCCGGGGGUUAUAAGGCAGUCUGCCUUAGAACAGUCACAUCCACCAUGGAAAAACGAGAGGCAUUCAUCCAAGCAGUAUCUAAGCAGUCGGUUGAAGAGUUUCUGCAGUUUCUUCAACUGGAUAAAGAUUCUUCUGAUCCUUUCAGCUUAAGUGAGCUACUAGAUGAAUUAUCAAGGAAACAGAAAGAAGAAUUAUGGCAAAGGCUAAAGGAUUUACUGACAGAAACAUUGUUGGAAAGCCCUGUGGAUGGGUGGCAGUCAGUGGAAGUCCAGGGUGCAGACGAUAUGGAAUCAGAGCACAGUCCAAAGAUGAAAAAGAGCAUAGAAAUAACAUAUGCAAUUGUGACUGUAAUUCUUACUUCUGUAUCAGUAAUAAAUGAACAUGAGAACUAUGGAGCCCUCCUGGAGUGUGUUGUUAUAUUGAAUGGUAUUUUAUAUGCAUUACCUGAGUCUGAACAAAAACUCCAGAACUGUAUUCAGGAUCUGUGUGUCAAAUGGUGGGAAAGGGGCCUUCCUGCCAAGGAGGACAUGGGAAAGACUGCAUUUGUCAUGCUGCUGAGGAGGAGCCUGGAGACCAAAACAGGUGCAGAUGUGUGUCGGCUGUGGCACAUCCAUCAGGCUUUGUACUGCUUUGAUUAUGAUUUGGAGGAAAGUAGAGAAAUUAAAGAUAUGCUACUUGAGUGCUUCAUAAAUGUUAAUUACAUCAAGAAAGAAGAGGGAAGAAGAUUUCUUAGUUUUCUCUUUAGUUGGAAUAUAGACUUUAUUAAAAUGAUCCAUGAGACCAUUAAAAAUCAAUUAUCUGGAUUACAAAAGUCUUUGAUGGUACACAUUGCAGAAAUUUAUUUCAGAGCUUGGAAAAAGGCUUCGGGGAAAAUGUUGGAGACCAUUGAAAAUGACUGCAUCCAGGACUUCAUGUUCCAUGGCAUCCACCUUCCAAGGAGGUCUCCAGUGCACUCCAAAGUCCGAGAGGUGCUGAGUUACUUUCACCAACAGAAAGUUCGUCAGGGAGUGGAAGAGAUGCUCUAUAGGUUAUAUAAGCCCAUCCUGUGGAGGGGACUAAAGGCCAGAAAUUCUGAAGUUCGAGCAAAUGCUGCAUUGUUGUUUAUUGAAGCAUUUCCUGUUAGAGAUCCAAACUUCACUACCACUGAAAUGGACAGUGAAAUUCAGAAGCAGUUUGAAGAACUAUAUAGCCUUUUAGAAGAUCCUUAUCCACGGGUCCGUUCCACAGGCAUCCUUGGUGUUUGUAAAAUAACUUCUAAAUAUUGGGAAAUGAUGCCCCCCUCCAUUCUUGUUGACCUCUUGAAGAAAGUCACAGGGGAACUGGCAUUUGAUAUAAGCUCAGCUGAUGUUCGGUGUUCUGUAUUUAAGUGUUUGCCAAUUAUUUUGGAUAACAGACUGAGCCACCCAUUAUUAGAACAACUUUUGCCACUACUCAGGUAUAGUCUCCACGAUAACUCAGAGAAAGUACGGGUGGCUUUUGUGGAGUUGCUGCUGAAGAUCAAGGCUGUGAGAGCUGCAAAGUUUUGGAAAAUAUGCCCCAUGGAGGACAUUUUGGUUCGUCUGGAAAUGGAUUCUCGGCCUGUGUCUCGGCGCCUAGUGAGCCUCAUCUUCAACUCUUUUCUGCCUGUGAACCAGCCAGAGGAAGUGUGGUGUGAGCGCUGUGUCACGCUGAUCCAGAUGAAUCGCGCAGCUGCCAGGAGGUUCUAUCAGUAUGCUCAUGAGCAUACCGCCAGCACCAACAUAGCAAAGCUCAUCCAUGUCAUCCGCCACUGCUUGAAUGCCUGUAUCCAGAGGACUCUGAGAGAGUGCCCAGAGGCCCAUAAGGAGUGUGAGAAGGAGAAUGCCAGUGUACUAGAGCAAACAUUGUCAGUGAAUGACACUGCGUCCAUGGCAGGUUUACUAGAAAUCAUUGUGAUCCUCUGGAAGAACAUCCAUAGAAGUCUGGAAAAUAAUAAAGAGGCCAAAGUGUAUACCAUCAACAAGUUCGCCUCAGUGCUUCCAGAGUACCUGCAGGUAUUCAAGGAUGAGUGCUGUAAGAUCCCUUUGUUCAUGCUAAUGUCCUUCUUGCCAGCCUCUGCUGUCCCUAUGUUCAGCUGUGGUGUGAUUUCUGUUCUGAGAAAUCAGGAGGAGAAUGUUACAGGCAGGAGCUACUGUACCUUGCUCGAUUGUCUCUGUUCCUGGGGGCAAGUGGGGCAUGUCCUGGAGCUCAUUGUGGACUGGCUGCCUACAGUGCCACUUCAAGCCAAGAGUAAUUUGGCCUCUAAACGUAAAGUGCAAAUCAAUGACACGUGCUUAGUGAAACCUGAGUUAGCAUUGUUGUACAUGGAAUAUUUGCUGACUCAUCCAAAGAAUCGAGAGUGUCUCUUCUCUGCACCCCAGAAGAAACUGAACCAGCUUUUAAAAGCACUUGAGGGUUCCAAGGCAGAUCUGGAAUCAUUUCUUCAGUCUCCAAGUGGAAAUCCCCUCAACUUCAACAAAGCAACUGCCCUGCAUGCCUUUGGUCUGUACUGUAGGAUGAGCGUCCAUCUUCAGUACAAGUUUUGCUCAGAAGAGAAAAUUCAUCUGUCCAUCUUGAAUGACACUGGGUCUUGGUUAGAAAACAAAAUUUUACCUCUUCUUGAAGACCAAGAAGAGGAGUAUCUGAAGCUCCGGAGGGAUGUUUAUCAACAGAUAAUCCAGACUUACCUGGCUGUCUGUAAAGAUGCUGUCAUGGUAGGACUUGGAGACCCUAAUUUUCAAAUGCAACUUUUACAGCGGAGUUUUGGAAUAAUGAAAACAGUGAAGGGAUUUUUUUAUGUUUCAUUACUUCUUGGCAUUCUGAAGGAGAUAGCUGGGAAUACCAUGAUGCAUGGAACAGGUUCAGAUGAGAAAGUCACAGUGCUGAUUGACUUAGUCCAGAAAGUGUUUCAGAAGAUGUUGGAAUGUGUUGCCUGUAUCUUCAGGAAGCAGCCUGAAGAAAGUCUGCAGCUCUUUCAUUCUGUUCAGACCCCUCUUCAUGAAUUCAUCACCACUCUCCAGUCCUGGCACAAGGACACUGCAGUGCACCAUGCUGUGCUUUCGACUCUGGUUGCUGCACCUGUGGUUGAGACCAGCCACCAGCUGCAGAAGGUUUCUGAUAUUGAAGAGCUGACUGUACCACAAUGUCUUGCUGACCUUCCUCCAUUUUCAAGGUGUUUGGUGGGAGUAAUAAUGAAGUCUUUGGAUGUGGUCAGGUCAUUUUUGGAUGAACUAAAGGCAUGGGUAACUUCUGGUGAUAUUGAAGGCAUUGUGUACCUCACAGCUGUUCUGCAUAUUAUUUUGGUUAUUAACAAAGGUAAACAUUUACGUGCAAAGGUGAUGGAAGUUGCAGCAACUGUGAACAGAAAGCUGAAGACCUUUAUGGAGAUCACUUUGGAAGAGGAUAGCCUUGAAAGAUUCCUGUAUGAGUCAUCAAUGAGAACUUUGGGAGAAUUUCUGAAUUCAUGACAAAACCACCAUCUCUGGGUGUAUAGAAAUAGAGAAAAAGACUCAUAAAAGUGAAAUGUGUGUAUAUCUUUUUGUAUAUCUUGCUUUUUUCCCAUCAGACUAAGGCUGGAGUCCUGAGUCUGUAAGGACCACAGCCAGGUCUGCCGGUGCCCAGAGAUGGAGACCAGUAUAGCACUGGUGCUCUGCUAUACACCCUGUGCCUUUAACCAGCUUGCAGAGAUGGAGAGUGUAAAAACCAUGUGACAGGAAGAGCUGGCAAAUCUUAUGGGAACUGUUGCAUGGGCAACUCUUAUGUUCCUUGGCCUAUGACUUACCCAUUUUUUAUUAUUUGUUAUGAAAUUCUCCUGGAACAGAUUUCUCUUUGGCCUGUUAGCAGGGCUAUCAUUAGCCCACACAAGAUCUUUCUUCAAAUGACGAAAAGAAUGUCACAGAACCUUGCACUUUGUCAAGGUUCAUCAAAAUAUUUUACAGCCCUCUGUUGAACAGUUGUAAUAUAUACACUGAUAUGAAGUGUCUGCUUACUCCAUUGUACUUGGGCUCAGCUCAACUCUUACAUCUGAAGUGUAACUUUUACGUUUUAGCCUUACUCUAAAGGCAGCAGCUUCCUUCUACAAAAGGCAUUCUCAGUUCAGAGAAGACUCCUUGUUUGAGUGUUGCUGUGUACUAUGCACAGUUAGGGACAGAGCAGGCGUUAAGCAAAAACAAAACAAAACAAAAACCCCCAGGGAAGUGGAAGUGAAUUUAGGAAAGCCUGGUCUAGAAAUGAUUGUUGUAUCUCAAGCCACAGUGAAGUAUUGCUCAGUAGAUGCUUGUGCCCAGUUGCCUCUGUUUUCCCUCUGCAGGUCAAUGGCAGAGGAACAGGUCUUUUCCUGUAUUGACUAUUGAAGAGUAAGCAGAGAACUCAAGAGUUAAAGGAUUGCCCUGGUCCUGUAUAAAUAAUGGGUUAAUGAUAUGAAAAAAAAAACAGGAUCUUGUUUAAAAGUGAUAUAAUACACAACCAUGCAUAGGCAAUGACAAGAGUUCAUGUCCUUCAUUUAAAAAUGCUAGGAGGAGCCAUGGCACCACCACUGUGGUAGAAGAAUCUUCUGGGCCACAGGGCAUUGCUAGCCUUCUAUAGCCUAUGUUACCCCCUUAACACCCUUUCCCCAGAAAGACCCUGGCAAGUAGAGUUGAGUGGCCUGAACUCAGGGUAGAGAGCUCAGGGAUGACUGAGUACACUGGUGAUGGAGGGUGGCCUCAGCAGGUGGGAAAGAGGAAAGGUAGCCAGAUCAGGCUGAGGAUUUGACAUCACACGGGAUUAGACAGUUGCAGAAGUUAAACCAGUUUGUCUUGCCGACAAUUAUAACGACAAAUGCAACAAGGAUAUGAAGGAAGAUGGCAAACUAAUGGGACUUGACUUUUAAUAAUGUAGCUGUAGAUGUAACGUGCUGCUGGGAGGAUCAUUAACAUAAUGAGAAGAGUUCACAUUAUGAUACAGCAUGCUUUGCAACUUACUGAAGACUCAACUGUAAGUUGCACUUUUGACAUCAUGACCAGAUGAGCAUGAAGACUCAACUGUUAGUCGUACAGCAUGACCAGAUCAGCAGUGAGGGAGAGAUUCUCCAGGAAGUUGGCUUUGAGAUUACUGAGACAAGAAGAGCCAGGACAAGAACACAGAGCCUGAUGUGCUUCAGAGAAGACUCCAAGUCUCUGCCGUGUGGAGCACACAUACACAGAAGACCUGACUAUUGGACAAAUUACAGGGUUUUUUUUCUUGGACUUGUUUGUGGCUAAGUAAACGAGAAGGCAUUGAUUAUCCUCCAACUCUUAGGACUUAAAAAUAAUUGUGAUUGGAUUGUUUUAGUUCUCUUAUUUUUAUGAGGUGGUUGUAUUGAAGAAGAAGGAAGAUGUAGUCAAGAUACCUUGUUCCUGAAAGUUAGAUGUCAGGUGAUUUCAAAAUUAUGGCUAAAUUUUUUAAAUGCUCUGCUUUAACAUUGAUGGGUGAGACCUACAAUAUUGUUCAUUUUAAUAGAAAAAAAGGAACAUCACCAAUAUCUGUGUACUAUGCACAGUCAGGGACAGAGCAGGCAUUAAGCAAAAACAAAACAAAACAAAAACACCCAGAGCCAACCAAAGUGGAAGGAACAUCCACUUUCAUUUAAUUUAUAGACUAACUUGAGUAUAUUUGUAUUCUGAGGUUUCAAAGACUGUUGAAAUGCUAAUCCCUAGACGCAGCCUUUACCUUCAGUCUGAACACUCUCAUGAGUUGACCAUUGCUACCCUUGUAAGAAGUACUAAGGUUAGGUUUUAAAAGCAAUUUUUCCUGUGUACUUGCUUAUGGAUGGCACAGUUUGGAUAGGUACUGUUAUUCAUUGGUCAAAAUAUUUCAGCUAAAUAUUAAGAAUGAAUUGGAAUUAUUAGGCAUAUUUUUCUCGCUAUUAAUCUUGUUACUAGAGAUAUUACAUGAAGAUUGGGCUGGUUAGAUUAACUUUCUAAAAUAUCCCUGCUAAAGACAAGGCCUUUAACUGACCUUAGAAGUUAGUUAUUUCUUUUCUUUUCUUUUUUUUUUUCAGUACAUCAAAUAACAAUGUGUGAUACAGGUGUUUUCUUUUGGGCAUAAAAAAAAGCAAAAACAACAACAGCAACAAAACAAAAUGUAAAAAUGUAGAUGGACUCAUGGUAUAUUGUGUUUAGUGUCAACUAAUACAAGUUGUUAAGCUUGUGGCUACAAGGCGUUUGAUAAUAUAUAUGAAAAUCUCUAGACACUGUUUUUAAAACACAACCUACCUAAUUCUGUCAUUUAUCUGUUGGAGAAACCCAAAUUUUAUUACAUUCUGAGCUUUUAUGCCCAAGACUUAGAAUGAAUGGUAUUAUUCAACAUUCUCUCUAUUUUUGGAAAGAUAAGAAGUAUAAGUUUUAAUGUAAGUAUCACUCACCUCCUACUGAUAGGCCUGGUUUGUGCAUCAUUUUCAGGCACUUAGGGAGGAGCUCACAGGUUGAUAACUUUGUAAUGAGAGACAUGAGAGAUGCACCUGUCUUCCCAUAUCCUAGCACUAAUAUUUAACAUAUUUAGAUUGUCAGAGUCAUUGAUGGCUCAAGAAAUGUUUGCAUUAGACUUUAAAGCAGUACAGAAGGUAUAUUCUUUUUCUCUCAUUGGACUUUUAAGGGAAGUUUGAUUGUUCAUUUUAUAUAAAAUUGUAUAAAAUUCUUGUUGAUAAAAAUAUUUCAUAAGAGUUUUGUAAAUACAACAUUAAGCUUUUAUUUGAAAAUGUAAAGUAUAAAAUAAAGUGGACUUCAGCAA